AUGGUGUUGUGCUGGUUUUCCUCUUUUCUUCAGGGCCAAAUUAUAGUUGGUGGUGACAGGGAAGAAGUCCUUACUACAUGGAGUGGUGCUCUCCCUUUUCUUAUUCAACCUCUACAUGAGGCCCAUGGAGUGAAGUCGCUGCCGUGUCAUCCAGGUGAACCCAUACCUGUUCCAAAUGAAUGGUACCAGCAAGGGGACCUUAUCAUUGGUGGGAUGGUAUCAAUGGCUAAUUACCAUUUUAAUGAACUUUCAUUUCAGCAGCAUCCCUCUCAGGAGUAUUUUGGCAAUCCAGAAGUGCUAACGAAAUUCUACCAGCAUGUCCUUUCCUUGGCCUUUGCUGUGAAGGAGAUCAAUGAGAAUCCAAAAAUCUUGUCCAAUAUAACUCUUGGCUUCCAUAUCCAUGAUAGCUACUACAAUGCAAUGAUGACAUAUCGGACCACCAUGGACCUGCUCUUCAGAUCAGAGAGAUUUGUCCCCAACUAUAAAUGUGACAUCAGGAAAAAUCUAAUUUCUAUCAUUGGAGGUCUCAGUUUUGAAACUUCUUCCUAUAUUGCCGACUUUGUACAGUUUCACAAGAUUCCACAGCUUACAUAUGGGUCAUUUACCCCCCAGGAUAUUCAUAGUGCUGAGAUUCCCUUCUAUUACUCCAUGGUCCCAAAUGAGUCCACACAAUAUAUUGGGAUUAUCCUACUGCUUCAACAUUUUGGGUGGAUAUGGGUUGGGCUUCUUGCUAUUGAUAAUAGGCAUGGAGAUUAUUUUCUGCAGACCAUGGAGUCCCUCUUUUCCCAGCAUGGAAUAUGCUCUGCUUGUACACAAAGAAUUCCUUUUUUAACUUACUGGGAUAAAUUAUUUGAGAUGCUUGAGAAAGGGAAAACUAUUUAUGACCAAAUAACUACUGAAAAGAUCAGUACCUUUAUCAUCUGUGGAGAAUCUUUGUCAAUUAUAUGGGUGACAAGUAUCAUUUUUUGGAUUGAUCCUGGACUUGGGCAGAGUUCUUUGGGAAAAGUGUGGAUCAUGACUGCCCAGAUGGAUUACAUAUUAACAGGAAUGCAAAGAAAAUGGGAUCGGCAGUUCUUUGAUGGUGCCAUCUUUUUUACCAUUCACUCCAAAGAAAUUCCUGGUUUCAAGGAAUUUCUGAAGUUCAUAAAACCUCCUUGGAUUCAACAAGAUGGCUUUUUCCCACUUUUCUGGGAACAAGUAUUUGAUUGUUCAUUGCCAUCUCCUCCUGUGACUCUUCUGGAUGAUGACACUUGUACUGGAGAGGAAAAGCUGGAGGACAUUCCUGGGGCUCUUUUUGAGGCACAGCUGACGGGGCACAGCUAUAGUAUCUAUAAUGCUAUCUAUGUAUUGGCUCAAGGUUUACAUGCUCUCUCCUUACUUCAAUAUAAUCAUAGGCAUUUGGUGAAGCAUAAAUUAUCAGAAUAUGAAGGUGUGCAACCAUGGCAGCUCCACCAAUUUCUUAAAAGCAUCAAAUUCAAUAAUUCACUUGGAGAGGCCAUAGUUUUUUAUGAUCAAAAGAAGAUGGAAGGUAUAUUUGAUAUCAUCAACAUAGUCACCUUUCCCAAUUCCACUUUCCAGAGACGAAAGGUUGGAAAAGUGGAUCCAGAUGCUCUGAGUGGAAAAGAAUUAGUCAUUAAUGAGGAUAUGAUUGUUUGGCAUACAUCAUUUAACCAGGUGCUUCCCUUUUCUCUAUGCAACGAGUAUUGUCACCCUGGUUACCAAAAGAGGAAGAAUGAAGGAAAGAAAUUCUGCUGUUACGAUUGUGUUCCAUGUCCAAAGGGGAAAAUCUCCAAAGAGAUGGACACUGUUGCUUGCUUUCAAUGUCCUGAUGAUCAAUAUCCAAACCAUAAGAAAGAUGGAUGCAUCAUGAAAACAAUUAGCUUCUUAUCUUAUGAAGAACCUUUAGGACUCAGUUUAGCCACUGUUGCUAUUUUAUUUUUCUUCACUACAACAUGGGUGUUGGGAAUAUUUAUUAAGCACAAAGACAGUCCUAUUGUCAAAGCCAACAACCGGGAGCUCACCUACACCCUCCUCAUCUCCCUUCUCCUUUGCUUCUUCUGCUCUUUGCUCUUUAUUGGACAACCUGGGAGAGUCAUCUGUCUCCUCAGACAGUCUGCAUUUGGUCUCACCUUCUCAUUGUCCAUCUCUUGUGUGUUGGCCAAAACCAUCCUUGUUUCUCUUGCCUUCAAGGCCACCAAACCAGGAUCUCAGAUAAGGACAUGGGUGGGGAAAAGACUGGCUGUUUCUAUUGUCCUUCUCUGCUCUCUACUCCAAGCAAGCAUCUGUAUUGUUUGGUUAUCCACCUCUCCCCCAUUCCCAGAAUUAGACAUGCACUCAACAACUGAAGAAAUGGUUCUACAAUGCAAUGAAGGCUCAGUCUUUAUGUUUUAUUGUGUUCUGAGCUAUAUGGCUCUCCUUUCACUUGCCAGCUUCAUUGUAGCAUUCCAGGCUCGUAAACUGCCUGACAGUUUCAAUGAAGCCAAGUUCAUCACCUUCAGCAUGUUGGCUUUCUGCAGUGUGUGGGUCUCCUUUGUUCCAACGUACCUGAGCACCAGAGGAAAAGCCAUGGUGGCUGUGGAGAUCUUCUCCAUUUUGUCCUCCAGUGCUGGGCUCCUAAGUUGCAUCUUUUUCCCCAAGUGUUACAUUAUUGUUUUGAGGCCAGAUUUAAACAACAGGGAACAACUGAUAAGAAGACAUGUUUAA